AUGGAAACCAGAUCUAAAAAGAAACGUAUAGGGCCGCUGCCCGGGGGCGAUCGCCGGGGCACACCUGGAGCUGACGCUGGGUGUCUCAGCAUGCGAUCCGUCAGUGGUGAGGAGUUGAGCAGGCGGACUCCCACCAUUCAAUAUGCUACAGCCGAUGAAGAAGUAGAUAGGAUAAAUAGCCCAAUAGAACCAUUCAGUCCAAGCACCGCUUCUUAUGUCCCUUCACUAUCGUCUUCCCCUUCCACAAUUAGUUUAAACGAAAAUGCAGUCUUUCAACAACAGGUAUCAUCUGAUACGCCUACGCCUGAGGAUGUUGUGCAGGAGGCACUCGCCACUGAACCUGCACCCGCCCCAGGCACAAACCGUGCGCGAAAACGGUGGACAGUAGAAAUGAAUAAAUUCAUCUGGCGCACGUACUUAAUAGCUACCAAACUAAAACUAAUAACAUUUAUCUUCAACAGCUUCACGCUGAAUUCUCUGAAAUUCCCUAAUAUGCAAGCGUCUAGACAAAGACUAGGCGACCAAUGCAGGGCUAUUAUAAGAAAUAAAUUACUGUCACAAGAAAUACUAGAUCAAAUAAAAGACGAAGUCACUAUCUAUUUACAUCAAAACCACACAGAACCAAAUACACAAACACACACUAACACUCAACAAGCCAGUGGGCAGAGACGAAGAUGGACCACACAACAAAAUGAAUCAAUCAUUAGAAACUACUACAAAAUAACUGAAAUAGAACAAAAUAGAUCAGCUUAUCGCCAGCCCCUUCAUCAAGCAGUUAUAACAGAACACCCGGAACUAAAUGGAGUAUCAGAACAGAGAAUUUCUGACCAACUCCGCGUGAUAAUUAAUAAUAAAAUGAUACCAGAUCACAGGCUAGACGAAAUACGAAAUGAAGUAGCGGAAGCUAUUAAUGUAUACAACACCGAAUAUCCUCCAAUACAAUCACAACACAUAGCACAGUCAGAAGAUAUAGAAGACAUACAGUCACAGUCACUACACAACACAGCUUUACAUUCACUAAAUCAAACAAGUCUAACCCUUACUCAGAACCUCGAGCCAGAGUCUCAUCAAAAUCAGUUACCCAAUAUCCACGAAAUUGAAAACAUUAAAGAUCAGUUUAAGAACGCACUUGACGGGUUUCGUGAUAUAAAUCCUACCGACCGACCUUACAUACCAAAACAAAAAACUUCUAAAAAACUAGCCCAAAUCGUAGACUUUAUUAAUAGAAGCAUACUACCCGAAUAUAUCACAGCAGACCAAAAUUUCGAAAUGACACAUACCAUUACCUACUGCGCAGCUUAUACAGCUGCUGUCUGCAACGGGGCUAAAAUUAGAGAUUCUUAUGUUCUACUUAAUCCAACACAAAAAAGAAUACCUGCAUGGCAGAAGAGACUCGAAAAGAAGAUAGAUGCUUUGAGGAGAGAUAUAAGUAGAAUGACAGAAUAUGCAAAAGGUACUAGGAGCAAUAGGCUAAUCUUAUUAAUAGACACUAUAAAGAACAAAUAUCGAAUACACUCACAACAUGAAGAGCCGAAUCUGAGUAAUGAAGACUUUCUCGAUACACUUAAACAGAAACUAAACGCAGCUUCGAGUAGGUUAAAAAGAUACGUUACAUGUACAUUAAGAAAAAAGCAAAAUUCUUUGUUUGUAAACAACGAAAAAAUAUUUUAUAGGACCCUAUCAACUAACACACAAAACAAUACAAGCAGAAACACACAAGAGGUGCUAACGCCAUCGGCGGAUGAACUACAUAGGUUUUGGUCAGGGAUUUGGUCUGAACCUGUACGACACAAUGCUGAUGCGGAAUGGCUGGACGCAGACGCUGAAAUAGUUGACACAAUAAUACCGAUGCAAUUCGAGCACAUACCAAUAGAUGUUUUCGUGGAAGUGCUUAAUAAAGCUCAUAAUUGGAAGGCACCCGGUAGUGAUCGAAUACACAACUAUUGGUAUAAAAAAUUCACCAGGCUACACCCACAACUUCACAACCACAUUAACGAUUUUCUACAGACACCAAAUUCUAUGCCACAUUUCGUCACACAAGGUUUAACUUACAUGAUACCGAAGGACCUUAACGACUCCCAAAACCCAGCAAAGUACCGUCCAAUCACUUGCCUACAGACAAUAUACAAGAUACUCACAGGAUGCAUUGCAGAAGUCAUACAUAAACACAUCACAACAGACAAUAAUAUUCUUGCAGAGGAGCAAAAAGGAUGUCGCAAGCGCAGUCAAGGUUGUAAAGAACAGUUAAUAGUAGAUUCAAUAGCAAUGAAAAUAGCCAUUUCUAAGAAGAAGGAUAUAAAUACAAUGUAUAUAGAUUAUAGGAAAGCAUUCGAUUCAGUUCCACACAGCUGGCUUCUUAAUGUUCUACAACGAUAUAAAAUACACCCGCAAAUAAUCCAUUUCCUUGAAAGUUCAAUGCAAAAUUGGACCACAACAUUAAAAACAAUCGGACCCACGACUACUACUACAAGUGAAAUUCCGAUACGCAGAGGCAUCUUUCAAGGGGACGCACUUAGCCCCCUAUGGUUUUGCCUUGCAUUAAAUCCGCUCUCCCAUAUGCUGAACAAGUCAAAACUCGGUUACACUAUUGAAGCACCACACAAACACACAAUUCUCACUCACCUCAUGUAUAUGGACGACAUAAAACUUUACAGUGACACUACACACUCGUUACAUCGUCUUGCAGACAUCACACAGUCUUUUUCGAAUGACAUACAUAUGGAAUUCGGAAUAGAUAAAUGCAAAACCUUCUCUGUCAGUAACGGUAAAGUCAUCCAAAAUAAUUACACCCUAGAUUCAGGCAACAUAAUUGAACCCCUAGAACCACAUGCAUCAUACAAAUAUUUAGGAUUCCAGCAAGCUAGACAAAUCAAUCAGAAAGAGACCAAAGUAAACCUGAAAAAGAAUUUUAAACACCGUCUUAAUAUUAUAUGCCGAUCACAAUUAAAUUCACGCAAUGCUUCGAAAGCAAUCAAUAGCUACGCUAUUCCCGUCCUUACGUACUCCUUUGGGAUAAUAAAUUGGUCCCAAAGUGACCUAAUUAGUUUGCAACGCACCAUAAACACAACCCUGACAAGCCACCGAAAGCAUCACCCAAGAUCCUGUGUGCAAAGAAUGACUUUACCGAGACGUGAAGGCGGACGGGGUAUUAUAGACAUAGUCAAUCUGCAUAACAAACAAAUAACAAAUCUCAGACAGUAUUUCUACCACCAUUCACAACAAUCAACGCUGCACGACGUUGUAACAUUAGCAGACAAUCACCUAACUCCACUCAAUUUAGCAGACCGAAACCCACAAAAAAAAGAGAAGAUUACGGACGUUAAAGAAAAGAUUGCCGCUUGGAAGCAGAAGUCUCUACACGGACGGCACUACCACGACCUGCAGCAACCACAUGUCGACAAACAAGCGUCGAACGCCUGGCUGCAGCGUGGCGAGCUAUUCCCUGAGACUGAGGCUUUCAUGAUGGCAAUCCAGGACCAAGUCAUUGAUACCCGGAACUACCAGAAGCAUAUAAUGCGGAUCCCUAACCUUCUCACAGACACGUGUCGACGCUGCCACUCAACCCCCGAAACCAUACAACAUAUCACGUCUGCCUGCAGAUCACUGGCACAGACUGACUACAAACACCGGCAUGACCAGGUAGCAUCCAUAGUACACCAGCACCUUGCACAUAAACUUAAAUUCAUAGAAAGAAAAACUGCAUACUACAAAUACAAACCGAGCACAACAUUCGAAAACAAUAGCCACAGACUAUAUUGGGACAGGACCAUCAUUACCGACAAGACUAUACACUUCAACAGACCCGACAUUACAUUAUUUGAUAAAAAUAACAAAAACGCUUACCUUAUAGAUAUAGCCAUCCCAAAUACCCAUAACGUCCAAUCCACAAUAGCCGAUAAACUAACAAAGUACCAAGAUUUAGCAAUAGAACUCAAACGUCAAUGGCAGGCACAAACUAUACAUAUAGUCCCGAUAGUCAUGUCAUCAACGGGGGUUGUGCCAAAGAGCCUUAAACGCAGCCUAGACCUACUACAGAUCCCACAGUACAUAACCCAAACAAUCCAGAAAGCCGUUAUACUUAACACAUGCCGAAUCACGAGAAAAUUUCUCACUACAUCUUCUGUUUCAUCUACCUACUGUAUCACCUAA